AUGCCGAGCCAAGAAGUCAUUGUGCUCUCGGAUGAUGCCUCGGACGACGACAUUGCGUUCGUCGGCAGCUCAAAGUCCCAGUGGCCAACAAACCCGGCCUCCCCGUCGCCCGUGUUCAUGCGCACGUCGCGCGCGAGGGCCGUGGACGUCAUUGACCUCUUGGAGGAAGACGAGGGUGACGAUGCGCUGGGCGACUUGGUGUUUCCCAUGUUGGGCUCGGUGAACCGAAGCGCGUUGGGUGCGUGUCGCAGCUUGCCGCUGUCCUCGAACGCGGUGGCCUCGAGCAGCCGUGCGAGCGCAUUAGGCUGGAGCCACUCGACUGCGUUCGCCGACACGAGUACGCUCCAGAGCAAGGAGCGGUCGAUGCAAUCGUUACAAGCGACACGUUCGCUCCUCGACAUUAUCAACGACCCGUCGCUGUAUGACGCCCCUGCCGCGAGGGCGCGCCCGUCGCCGUCACCCGCCCCCGAUGCCAGCCCCGCUCGGCCCAAGGUCAAGAAGCGCAAGACUCAGACCAACAAGGAGAACUCGCCCGGAGACGACCCCGUGGCUGCUGCCAAAGCGGCCGAGAAGGUGGAGCGGGACAAGGCGGCCGCCGCUACCAAGGAGAAGCAGAAGGCCGAGCGCCAGCUGGCUCGCGAUACUGCCAAGGCGACCAAGGAAGCCGAGAAGUCGUACCAGAAGAAAGUCAGCGAGGUGAACCGCCUUCGCACUUCCAAGAUUGACGCGCUUCGCGACCUCGAGGUGCACCUUUCGCACGACCUGUCCCUUCCAUCGGCGCCCAUUGCGGGCGCGAUACCCGAGCUCCGCCGGCGCAUUGAAGAGUCGUUAUCGUCCAUUCACGUUGCCCAAGAAGAAGACACGGUCGUCGAGGGCACCAUCCGCUUCCUGCGCCGCGUGACGGCCGAGUGGGACGCCGUGGCCAAGAUCUACGUGCCUAUCGAGGUGGAGCGCAAAGAGUGGGAGCCCACGACGGUCCUCGUCGCGUCGGGCGAGGCGAUUGUGGACCGCGUCGCCCAGGGCGGAGACGCACUCACGGACUGGCUGAGCGAUGUGCAGCUCACGCUCGACAUGAAGACCCACGAGCAGCUCAUGCUCGUUGUCCGUGGCCUGGAAAAGUACCAUUCCAAGACCAAGUCUAUCGCCAACCGCGCGUUCCGCGAGACUGCGCGCGCCGGCCUGGCUGGCGAGGGUGUCGCGGGUGUCCCCACCUCUGUGCUGUCUGCUCGCGUCGACAAGGAUCAAGUGGAAGCAGAGCUUCUCCGCGCUCAGGUUGUUCAGCGCGUGUUUGUCGUUCAUGUGGAAAAGACAGAGGACCUGGAGGACUGGCUGUUCAACCUCGCCGGCGACAUUGCCGUUCGACCCCACAAGCUGUUAUCCAAGGGCCACCUCCCCUUCUCGGCGCCCGAGCGGGCCAAGAAGACCCAAGAGGCAGGCGAGACGCUCGAGUGUAUGCUCCAGGAAGUGCAGGGCCUGACCGCGUCGGCCGCGUACGGUGUCGUGGAGACGUAUCCGUCGUUCCGCGGCCUCAUGCGGGCGUACGAGCAGGCCGAGCACCGCGCAGACCCGUCCGUCGCAGAGAACAUGCUCGCCGACUGCGACAUUCGCAGUCUCAAGAACGGUACCGCUAGCAACCGCAAAGUCGGCAAGGCGCUCUCCAAAAAGGUCUACAACCUCAUGCGCGGAACCGACCCUCUGUCAUUAACCUAA